AUGUUUCAAGGUAACACAUUUCAACUGAUCUUCCAAGCAAAUGUUGGGACUCGUGAAUCCAGUCUGACGUUGAUUUGACCAAUCCGUAAUCCUACACAUCAGCGACGAUCAUGUGACGACUGUAGUGCUGCACGCGGGAAAAAACUUCUUAUGUCCUUAAUUUGUUUGGUAUUUGUGGGCAGAAAUUGAACAGACAGGUGGGAUGUUGAGCCCCAAGCUGCUGACCCUGGUGCUGGUGGUCCAGCCGGGCAGAGUGCUGCUCGGCAUGAAGAAGAGAGGAUUUGGGGUUGGGAAGUGGAAUGGGUUUGGGGGCAAAGUUCAACCUGGAGAAACUAUUGAAGAUGGUGCAAGGAGAGAACUACAAGAAGAAAGUGGCCUCACGGUGGAUGCUCUCGAGAAGGUCGGAAAUAUCAAAUUUGAAUUUGUUGGAGAAACACAAUUACUCGACGUCCAUAUUUUCAGAGCCGACACUUAUAAUGGAGAACCAACAGAAUCAGAUGAAAUGAGGCCUCAGUGGUUUGAAUGUGACCAAAUUCCUUUCAGUCAAAUGUGGGCUGAUGACAUCCUGUGGUUCCCCCUGAUGCUCCAGAAGAAGAAAUUUGUUGGAUACUUUAAGUUUCAGGGUCAUGAAGUGAUCCUCAGCCAUAAACUGGAGGUAGUGGAGGAACUGUGAGACAACCUGGGAAGAACUGCUUGUCUGAGGACAUUUAUGACUGGGACAAAAAAGCAUCAGCCUUCCAAAUUUCUUCUUUAAAUGCUGAGGAUAUCCCACUGUUCAGUGUUUGUUGUUCAGUUUCAUUUGUGGGAGAAAACGGCAAGACUCGUGAGAACCACGUUAACUGUACAUGUUGAGUGUUUACUUGUAAAAUGACUGGAACAUAUUGAGAUUAAACUUUUGUUUAAUUUUGAAA